UUGUACGGAGGUGCUGAUCUCGGCGGCGCGUCAAUUUCUGGCGGAGGUUCUUCAGGGACCCCCAAGAUGUGACGAGAGCCCCAGUCUGGCCGGCUGGGUGGAUUAUUACGCUUUGUUUGGGUAGUCUUGCUCCUUAACCGAGUGAGCGGGUCCUCCUGGCGGAACAUGCUUUAAGACUCUCCUGUCCAAGCCAGACUACCUGUGAGUCACCAUGGCAACCAAGCAGCCCCCACCUCUGAUGAAAAAGCACAGCCAGACAGACCUUGUGAGCCGUCUGAAGACACGGAAGAUCCUGGGGGUUGGGGGGGAGGAUGACGAUGGUGAAGUUCAUAGGUCAAAGAUCAGUCAAGUCCUGGGCAAUGAAAUUAAGUUUGCUGUAAGGGAACCCUUGGGGCUCAGGGUCUGGCAGUUUGUGUCGGCCAUCAUUUUUUCUGGGGUCGCCAUAAUGGCCCUCGCCUUUCCUGAUCAGCUGUACGAUGCCAUCUUUGAAGAAGAGUCCAUCAAUAGUAAGAUGCCCAUCCGUCUCUAUGGAGGAGCCUUACUUAGUAUUUCCCUCAUCAUGUGGAAUGCUCUGUACACAGCUGAGAAGGUCAUCAUCCGUUGGACCCUGCUGACAGAAGCUUGUUACUUUGGGAUACAGUUCUUGGUCACGACCAUCACCCUGGUCGAGAGUGGCCGGGCAUCCAUGGGAGCCAUGCUUCUCCUCGCCAGCCGGGCCCUCUUUGUACUUAUCAGCAUUUAUUAUUAUUACCAAGUUGGACGCAGACCCAAGAAAGUCUAAUCUCCGAAACCGCUGAAGGCGGGGGGUGGGGGCAGAAGGGCUUGUUCCAACUUCAGCAUUCCUUUUGUUCAUGUUUGUGUUUUAUCUUUCAAAGCAGACUUCCUUAUGGCAUGUAUCGAUGUAUAAAUCCAGUGCUGGUAUCACUGCCCCAUCAGGCAUGGAAGAGGAGAGAUCAAAGCCAGGCCACUUCCGUGAUGCUUGUUUGGGGAGGGUGAGCAAACAAAGGACAGAGAUAACAAGGGCUCAUCAGUUUCAGGGAGGCUGGGAGAAAACCAUUUUGGUAGCUAUUUUUUCUCUGUCAAACCAGACUGUAGCAAGGUCUUUCCCAGCCUGGUGUUCUCUGAGGUGUGUUGGACUACCACUCCCACCAAGCCCAGCCAACAGGCAACUGACUAUGUUGUCUGGGGAUGAUGAGGGUUGCAGCUGACAUGGCUGGAGCGUGCCAGGUUGGGGAAGGCUGUGGUGGGACAGCAGAAUCUACAGCCUGGGAAAUGGGGCCGUGAAUGGAACUGAAUUCAAAGGAUGCAGAGGGCCAAAGAAGUCCUGUGGAGGGUGGACCAGUUGAUAGUUUCUCACCCCACACCCCCUCAGGAUCUCUGCACAGUUCACAUGUUCUCACCCGUGUUGCCUGGGACGAAACAGGGUCUUUCCUCAUACAUGGAGCAUAAGCCAGUGGUAAAACCUAAGCAUCCAGGAGGUUAGAAUUUUACAUCCAUAAAUAAUCCCUUGGAUCAAGGGUGAGCAGAAAAUCCGUCUCCUGGACAUCAAGUCCCUGCUUUGCUGAUGACUGGCCAAGUUGGCAGAGCUUCUGGGAGUUGAAGUCCAAAGCAUUUGGAGCUUUACCUCUUGCCUCACCAACCUUAUAUGUUGAUUUCACUGCCCGACAUGUGAACUCUUGAUCAUUCUCAUGACCAUUAAGCAUCCCAUUUAAGAACUAAUACUACCUGAUCUUUGAAGUAGGCCUGAUGACAAUAUUUGAAUCAGCUGUUACUGAUGUAUGUACCUCUCUGUUUCUGCCCCAACCCACUGCCCCACAUGAGUGCUGUACCUGUUUCUUUAUUCUAUUGUUCUUUUUUAGUACCAGACAUUGCAGAUAUGCUUUUAGAUGAUUCGUGAUAUAAUAUGGAAGAUAGGAGGAAUUAAUAAAGAAACCAUGAGUUCACACAA